AUGGCGAUCUUCACACCGGGACUAAGCCGGUCACAGAUACUUCAUGAUAUCAAUCGCAACAGCAUCAUCAGCACACGGGUGCAGACAGCGCUUGGAGAAGUUACCCAGGCCACCAAUUCCCUCGCAGUGAAGGCUCACGACGUCAAUAACAAUCGCGACCUCGAUACGUUACGAUCAUUAUACCAUCAAUUGGACAUCGACCCGACCAAGCCGCCCCACAUUACGUGGCACCUGCUCGAAAGAGUGCGUCCGUUUGUUCGUGACAGCAAUGACGACUCGCUUGAAGUGCUGGCGGCAGUUGACCUGUUUGGCGCUUUGAUUGCCGUUGAUGCUUGGGCCAAUAGCGUAAUCUAUGCUACCCUCGUACUUAAGAGUCAAUUGGCGUACUGGGAAUCAAUCAAUAGCACCACAUUGUCGCGGCUAUUAUAUUACGUGCAAACGAUCCCUAACCGGCUUCUCCGGUUCACCGGCAGAGUCUACCAACUUGCUACCGACUGGACACUGUUAGGCGAGGUCGCAAAGAAAGUGAUUCAUCAAGACUUCUCCCAGAUCAAUCGAGUGGCGUUGGCACUUCAACCCAAAGAUGCCUGGCAUCGCGUCAGACAGGUAAUAAAGUUGCCAUUAGUGAUUGCCUCCGCCGAUUUACGCCGUCGUAUCCAUGAUAUCGAAACGAAGAUUGACCACAACACCGACAUAAUUGACAAGAUUAUCAAGAUCAACGACUUUUCUGAUACCAAUGAGGUGCUUGCAACGGUGGAGCCGUUGCUUGACAUCAACAAUCCGUCGCCCAUGCAACUGAACCGAGUGUUACAAGUGGUGGACGACGUUGAGGAUUAUCGCUACAGUCUCCCCUCAGAACUUCAAGUUACGGGUCAGCUUCCUUUCCUCCAACGGUGGUGGCCGGUUCUCCUCGUGUUGGUAUGGUACGGGCCCAAAACGUCAAAGACCCUUCAAGAAAACUGGGACUCAAUUGUGCAUUGGGUCAAGCAUAACUUGGUUGACACUACCGUAGGGUUCUUCCGCAACUGGGUGGUUGAACCGUUGAACAAUAUGUUCAGCAUCUUGCGGCAAGACAAUGACCUUCUGAUUACCAGUCGCGACUCGCUUAAGCUGGACAUGACGUCGUUGGAGCGAAUGCUUCUUGACUAUGCUCACGACGAAAACAUUUCGGUGACCCCCGAACAGAUUCACCAGGACAUUUUGAAGGGAGACAUGACGAUGGUGAUGUCGAAGUACGAACAAGAGAUUCGCACCCCGAUCAAGAGUCUUAUGAAGGGUGACCUUGUGCGUUCAUUACUCAUACAGAUCCAACGGUCGAAGGUUGAUGGGGCUAUCGCCAUCAAUGGUAUCGACAAGUUGAUCAAGCUGCAACAACUCCUUUUCGGACUUGUUUCGGUGUCACCACUGGUGUUCAUCUUGUACAAGUUGUGGGGAUGGAUAUUCCGCUCUAAGCCGUUGAUGAUCGAUGGCAAGCAGCUCAACGUCAUGUGCUUGCGGCUGUUAAACGCCAUCGAAAGCUACUUGGUACAGGCUUCCACUGGUGAGUUUUGCGAGGGCGAUUUGUUGGUGGAAGUGAUCAACCUCAUUAUCAUCUCCAAGCCGUUUAUCCCCGCUCAAUUAGUGUCGCAAUACGUCAAUGACUUGAACGAAAUCAGCAACCCGUCAUACCUGAUUGAGACUAAGCUUCGCUUAGUGCAAAAGGUGUGGAACAUGUACGGGCCCUACUUCCGUUGA